AGCCGCCUCAGGCAGCGCACCCGGCCCCGCUGCUCGGCGAUCCAUUGCUCUCCCCGCAGGGCCGCGGCCCUCCCUCGGUCACGCCCCGCGGCGGCCCCUUCGCUGGCCUCCGCCCACACGCUCCUUCCUCAGGUCGCGCCAGGCGGAGGCGCGGCUGCCCGAGCGCUGGUGCCCAGACGUGGCUCCCGGGCGGAAGGAACAUGUUGGAUUUCGCCAUCUUCGCCGUCACCUUCUUGUUGGCAUUGGUGGGAGCCGUGCUCUACCUCUACCCGGCUUCCAGACAAGCUGCAGGAAUUCCAGGGCUUACUCCAACUGCAGAAAAAGAUGGUAACCUCCCAGAUAUUGUGAACAGUGGAAGUUUGCAUGAGUUCCUGGUUAAUUUGCAUGAGAGGUUUGGGCCUGUGGUUUCUUUCUGGUUUGGCAGUCGGCUUGUGGUCAGUUUGGGCACCGUGGAUGUGCUAAAGCAGCACAUCAACCCCAACAAGACAUCGGACUCUUUUGAAACCAUGCUGAAGUCAUUAUUGAGGUAUCAGUCAAGUGGUGAGAGUGUGAGCAAAAUCCACAUGAGGAAAAAAUUGUAUGAAAAUGGGGUGACUACUUCUCUGCAGAGUAAUUUUACCCUUCUUCUAAAGCUUUCAGAAGAAUUGUUAGGUAGAUGGCUUUCCUACCCGGAGGGCCAGCAUGUACCCCUUAGCCAGCAUAUGCUUGGUUUUGCUAUGAAGUGUGUUACACAGUUAGUCAUGGGAAGUACAUUUGAAGAUGAACAGGAAGUCAUUCGCUUCCAAAAGAAUCAUGGCACAGUUUGGACUGAGAUUGGAAAAGGCUUUCUAGAUGGGUCGCUUGAUAAAAAUACAACUCGGAAAAAGCAAUAUGAAGAUGCGUUUAUGCAGCUGGAAUGUACCUUAAAGAAAAUCAUAAAAGAGCGAAAAGGAAGGAACUUUAGUCAACAUAUUUUCAUUGAUUCCUUAGUACAUGGGAACCUUAAUGACCAACAGAUUUUAGAAGAUGGUAUGAUAUUUUCAUUGGCCGGGUGCAUAGUAACUGCAAAAUUAUGUACCUGGGCAAUCUGUUUUUUGUCUACCUCUGAAGAAGUUCAAAAUAAACUAUAUGAAGAAAUAGACCAAGUUUUUGGGAAAGGACCUGUUACUCCAGAAAAAAUUGAACAUCUCAGAUAUUGUCGGCAAAUACUUUGUGAAACUGUUCGGACUGCCAAACUGACACCGGUUUCUGCCCGGCUUCAGGAUAUUGAAGGAAAAGUGAAUCAGUUUGUAAUUCCUAGAGAGACUCUUAUUCUGUAUGCCCUUGGAGUGGUUCUCCAGGAUCCUGAUGCUUGGCCAUCACCCUACAAGUUUGAUCCAGACCGGUUUGCAGAUGAGUCAGUAAUGAAAACUUUCUCCUCACUUGGAUUUUCGGGCACGCAGGAAUGUCCAGAAUUGAGGUUUGCAUAUACGGUGUGCACAGUACUUCUGAGUGUAUUGGUAAGGAGACUUCGCCUACUUUCCGUGGAGGGACAAGUUGUUGAAAUGAAGUAUGAGUUGGUAACAUCAUCAAGGGAAGAAGCUUGGAUCACUGUCUCAAAGAGAUAUUGAACUUGUAUGCAUUUAAGGUUUUUGUUAAAUUGAACAAGGAAAAUGUCCAUUUAGAAAAUUUGUGUUGUAUACUUUUCAUAAACCGAAUGUCAUUUUGUAAUAUAAAACCUACUAGCACUUUAUUAUGUAAAUUUGAUUUUACAUACAAAUUUUUAAUUGCAUGAUAAACAUUUAUACUUUUCAUAACAAUAUGUUGAUAAUUUUAUUGGAAAUAUUUACUUGUAUUUUUCAUUGCUUUCUAUGCCAUUAUUUUCAUCUUCUCUUUCUUUGUUUCAUUUCUAAAACGUAUUUUUUAUUGGAAUGAGGCUUUGCUAUGGCAGUUAAGGUGCCAUGGAAAGUGCCCACAUCCCAUAUCUGAGUUCCUGGGUUCAGAGUAUGGCUUUACCUCUGAUCCCCGCUUCCUGCCAGUAUUCAAUCUUAGAGGCUAGUUAAUCAGGUAGUUAAUUAGAUCCCUGCUAGUCAUGUCCAAAACCUGGGUUGAGCUCUGGACUCCAGUUUCAGCCUGGUUCCACUUUGGCCAUGGCAGAUAGUUGGGGACUGAACUACUUGAUGGAAGAUCUCUGGUUUUUGCUGUAUAUUUCGUAACUUUCAAAUGAAAUGGAAAAGAAAAAUUCUUGAAGAGCAAAGCUACUUUGUACAAAUUAGGGAAUCAUGUUUUCUGAGUAUUUUAUAAAAACACAUAGUCUUAAUUCUUUAAAAAAAAGAUUUAUUUUUAUUGGAAAGUCAGACUUACAUAGACAAAGAGAGAGAGAGAAUGAUCUUCUGUUUGAUGGUUCACUCCCCAAGUGGCUACAAUAACUGGAGCCAAUCUGAAGUUCUGGAGCUUCUUCCAGAUCCCCCACGUGAAUGCAGGGUCUCAAGGCUUUAUAAUCCUCAAUUUUUUUCCCAGGCCACAAGCGGGGAGCUGGAUGGGAAGUUGGGCUGCCGGGAUUAGAACUGGUACUCAUAUGGGAUCCCAGUGGAUGCAUGGUGAGGAUUUAGCCACUAGGCUAUCUUGCCAGGCAACCGUAAUUCCUUUAUGUACAUCAAUAAAUCGCCUUCAAGUGAAAUAAAAAGGACUUUCCAUGAUUUAGUUUUGUGGAGUAGUAAUCUUUAUUUUCUGGCCCUAUAUCAAUUAGUUUGCUUUAAUCAUGUUUAUUAGGUCUGAAUGAUUCAUUGGGAAAUAUUCACCUUGCAGUUGUUAUAUAUUUCUUCUUACUUCACCACACAGUGCUCAUUUCAUGGCUUCCUCAAGGCUUCCCAGUUUGAACCAUUUUGGGUAGUUUGGAAAUUAUAUGGCUGAUUGUGAAUGUGCUUUGAAGCAUCUUUCCUGUGGCACAAACUGUGAAUUUAGCUUAUUUUUCCAUCUUGCUGGAAGUCUCAGUAUCACUGAAUCUCUUCAUUAAUUCUCAUUUGUGGAAAAACCAGAAUUCCUAAAUUUGAUAUUCUUGUAUUGUAUAAAUCCAAGAUCAAGGACUAAUUUUGUGGUACCACACGCUAAGCCACUGUCUGCCAUGCCUGCAUCGCAUAUCAGAACUUCCAACUUGUGUUCCCCAAUUCUGAUCCAAUGCACUUGGGAAGACGGCAGGUGAUGGCCUAAGUGUUUCAGUGCCUGCCACCCUUGUGGGAGACCUGGCUGCAGUUCUGGGAUCCUGGCUUAGGCCUGGCCUGGCUGUGGCUGUUGUUGCCAUCUGGGGAGUGAACUAGGAAAAAGAAGAUCUCUCUCUGUAUUUAUUAGUCUCUCUCCCUCUCUCUGUCACUCUACCUUUCAAAUCAAUAAAUCU